CUAUGAUGCGUUUCGUGAUUAUUAGUGUCACGGUUGAUACGUAUAGUGCUGUAGCUGCUGUGCGUAACAGGGAUAGUCGUUUUGUUUUAUGGGUCUGCCAGAUGUGUAGACAAAUUCUCUGGGGACCUUGAAAAGCAAUAUACAUUAAGCUGAAGCUCAUCACAUGUACCUAAGAAGAAUUAGCUGGGGAAUGUAAAAGUACAGUACCAGUCAAUAUUUGACUCUUUUUCUGAUAAAAGAGAAUAAAUGGCAAAUAGUGGGGAUUUUAGAAAGAUCCCCUUGAAUGAAGUUUCUCGUGUUCCUGAAAUUCAGCCAAAUCAUCUCUCUGCUAGUCAAGAUGAAAGAAGUGAUGGAAAUGAGGAAGAAUUGCUCAAAGGCAGGAGGGACAGUUCCUUACAACGUAGCCCUUAUCGUGCAUAUGUAAAUACCACUCCACAAUAUAUGACAAAUCAUGGAAUGUCAAGGUAUCAGCCUGCCCUCAAAAAUCUUAUUCCAGUUCGAAGAAAUAUCAAGAACAAAAAGGCUUUGGGUAUUGAUAGUGCUGGCCUUUUUUCAUAUAUUUAUUAUUCAUGGGUUUCACCUUACAUGUAUCAUGCUCACAAAAAAGGCUUCACUUUAGAAGAUCUACCUCAAGGGUCACAUCUUGAAUCAUGUGAUCUAAAUUCUCAAAGGUUGCAGCUUAUUUGGCAGGAUGAAGUGGCACGAGUGGGACUUAAUGAUGCAUCUUUGUCCAGAGUAGUGAGGAAGUUUAUACAGACACGUAUGAUUGUUUCAUGCAUGCUGUAUGCUGCAAGCCUUGUUAUGGGAUUUGUAAGUCCUACCAUAUUCAUGCGCAAUUUGCUGCAAUAUGCUGAGGGUAGUGAAGAAAGUGUUUGGAAUGGUAUAAAAUGGGCAGCAUUCCUUACAUUGGCUGAAUUCUUUAGAAUCUUACUCUUUUCUUGGCACUGGGCUGUUUCAUACAGGACAGGCAUUAGGUUACGGGCAGCUUGCCUUGCUUUACUGUACAGAAAAUUAUUUCGGCUCAAUAAUUUGGGAGACAGCUCUACUGGCCAGCUCAUAAAUAUAUUUUCCAACGAUGGACAGAAGAUAAUGGAUAUGGCUUUGUUUGUACCAAUGAUAAUUGGAGGGCCAAUUGUAAUAAUUUGUGGCGUGAGUUACAUAUUGUGGCUGUUGGGUCCGUGGGCAGUCCUUGGUAUGACAUCAUUCUUGUUGUUUUAUCCACUUCAGUAUGCAAUAUCAAGGAUGACUGCAUAUUUUAGAGGAAGAGCUGUGAAAAUAACUGAUAAGAGAGUGAAGCUAAUGACUGAGAUACUUAAUAGUAUUAAGUUCAUCAAAAUGUAUGCCUGGGAAAAAGGAUUCUGUGAUUCACUUUUAGAAAUUCGCAAAGCAGAACAUCAGCUACUUGAGAAAUCAGCUUACUGCCAGAGCCUCAGCAUUUCAAUAGCACCAACAGUUCCAGUCAUAUCUGCAAUUGUAACAUUUCUUGCACAUCUAGCAGCUGGUAAUAAUUUGACUGCUUCACAGGCUUUUCCCAUUUGUGCAGUUUUUGGAAAUCAAUUAAAAGAUGUUCUAAGCAGAUUACGUGAAGGAAGUAGAGUUAUUGUUGAAGGGAUUAUUUCUCUCUCUAGAAUAAAGGCAUUUCCUCUGAUUGCUGUUCUUAAUGGUCAAAUAAGGAAUACAUUCAACACUUUGCAAAUUGGUGUGGCCAAUAUUUAUGAUGCAGCAAUUGCUUUUGGAAGAAUAGAGAAACUUCUGGUGCUUCAAGAUAUGAUGUCCUACAUAACUCGCCCUGUUGAUAAAACUCAAGCACUGUGUAUUAACAAUGGAAGCUUUGCAAUGGAUGGACCUGUUGUCUCUGAUGUUGACAAUAAACCAGGCUACACUACUUCUGACACAUGUGCCAAUGCAGAAGACAAUUCAGAUGCCACUGAAACAGAAAAACUAAAGUCAUACAUUGCCACAUCUGAAAAAAAUGAGAAUAUUAUUUCUGAUAUUAAUUUACUUGUUUCGAAAGGUCAGCUGAUUGGUAUUUGUGGUCCUGUUGGUUCUGGAAAAACGUCAUUACUCUUAGCAGCACUUGGACAAAUGAGAAUUACUUCAGGACAUGUAUUUAGGGAUGGCUCCUGUGCUUAUGUUAGCCAAGAAGCUUGGAUACAAAAUGCAACUCUGAAGGAGAAUGUAUUGUUUGGAGAAACAUUUGAGGCUAAACGGUACUAUGAAGCUGUUUAUAGCUGUGCACUAGUGGAAGACAUUAAACAACUGCCAGGAGCAGAUGAAACUGAAAUUGGAGAAAGAGGCAUAAAUCUCUCUGGUGGACAGAAACAGAGGGUGGCUUUAGCAAGGGCAUUGUACUGCAACAGAGACAUAUACUUUUUGGAUGAUCCACUGAGUGCUGUUGACGCUCAUGUUGGUGCUCAUAUUUUUGAGAAAUGUAUUCUUACUGCCCUUAAAGACAAAACUGUGCUGCUUGUGACUCAUCAAGUGCAGUUUCUUAGCAGAUGUGAUAAAAUUUAUGUCCUGAAAGAUGGUCGUAUACUAGAGGAAGGAACACAUGAAGAGUUGAUGGCUUCUGAGAAGGAAUACUCGAUUAUGAUCAAAAGAUAUACAGCAAACAAAGACCAAGAAAACAAUGUUUCGUUGAAAGAAGCAGUGGAAGCUGGUUUGAAUGAUGUCAGUUACCUUAACUCUGAUAUGUCUGGAAUGGACAUGAAAGGAGAACACCAUACUCCAGGAAACAUUCAAGGACAAACAAUCAUGGAAAAGGAAGAAAUUACAAAAGGAAAUAUUCGUUUUUAUACUUACCAGUCAUACAUUUCUGCAGCAGGAGGCUAUUUCAUUACACUCAUAGUUUCAUUAUGUUUUUUAUUAAAUGUGGGCAGCACAGCAUUUAGCACAUGGUGGCUUGCUUUGUGGAUCAAGGAAGGAAGUGGGAAUGUGACAAUAGAUUUGGGAAAUGUAACAGUCAUCAGUCACAACUUAAAUGAUAAUCCAAAGUACCACAUGUAUCAGCUUGUUUAUGCAGUAACAAUUGCAGUUAUUUUGGGAACUAGCUUGCUGAGAGGGUUCAUGUUUACAAAAGUGUCUUUGAGAGCAUCAACAAUACUGCACAACAAGUUGUUCAAGAAAGUGGUGGAGAGCCCACUGUAUUUCUUUGAAACAACGCCUCUGGGAAGAAUGCAAACUCUUUUCUCAAGAGACAUAGAUGAAGUUGAUGUUCGUUUGCCUAUCACUGUGGAAACUAUCAUGCAGAAUAUACUUCUAGUUGUUUUUGCAAUCCUGUUUAUAUGUGUUGUCUUUCCAUGGUUUUUCGUGGCAGUUAUUGUAUUGGGUGUAGUCUACCAUUUGAUAAGUAAGAUAUUCAGGUCUGCCAUUCGUGAUAUCAAACGCUUAGAUGCAGUUACACGGUCACCAGUUCUCAGUGCUAUUGGCUCAACUGUUAGUGGUUUAAGCACAAUACAUGCAUUUGCAAAAGAAGGCAUAUUUAUUUCAAAAUUUGUCCAACUUUUUGAUGAAAAUUCAACAUGUUCUUUCCUGAGCAUGGUUUCCAUGAGAUGGCUUGCUGUCAGAAUUGAUAGUUUAGCAGUGGUUGCUGUGUGUCUCACUUCCUGCUUUGUAAUAGCAUUCCGAGAUGUGAUUCCACCUGCUCUGUCAGGACUGGCAUUAUCUUACUCGGCUCACAUCAGUGGAAUUUUCCAGUAUACAGUUCGUCUUGUCUCUGAAACAGAAAUGCGUUUCAUUUCAGUUGAAAGAAUCAACUCAUAUCUUAGGAAAUUAAUGCCAGAGGAUUUCAAAACAGCAAAAAUCAAUGUGUUGCCAGAAUGGCCUACAAAGGGCAGAAUUGAGUUCAAAAAUGUCAGCCUCUGUUACAGAGAAGGUUUGCCAAAUGUCUUAAUGGGUAUUAAUUUUAUCAUUGAAUCUGCUGAAAAAAUAGGUAUUGUUGGCCGGACUGGAUCUGGUAAAAGUUCUCUUGUAGCAGCUAUCUAUAGAAUGGCCGAACUGUCAUCUGGGAAAAUUACAGUUGAUGGUGUUAACAUAGCAGAUGUCAAGCUCCAACAUCUAAGGAGUCGCUUGUCUGUUAUUCCACAAGAUCCUGUACUGUUUUCAGGAACAAUAAGGUCAAACCUAGAUGUAAAUUGUCAAUAUACAGAUGCAGAGAUCUGGCUUGCAUUGGAAAGAACAAAACUACGAGACAAGGUUCUUUCAAUGAAGGGACAGUUGGAUGCUAAGGUCACUCAGGAAGGGGACAGUCUGUCUACUGGUGAGAAACAAUUACUGUGUCUUGCUAGAGCACUGCUGCGGAAUUGUAAGAUAUUAAUUCUGGAUGAGGCUACAGCAGCAGUAGAUCCUGAAACAGAAGCUUGUGUUCAGAGUACAAUAGAGUCAGAGUUCCAGCACUGCACAGUACUCACAAUAGCACAUCGGCUGAAUACUGUUAUGCACUGUGACCGUAUUAUUGUGAUGGAUAAAGGGCAGGUUGUGGAAAUGGAUACACCACAAAAUCUUUUGUCCAAUCCUGACUCAGUAUUCAAUAUGAUGUGUUCUGUGUCUGAUGCAUAACUGGAAAGCAGCUGUGACAACUGAUAUGGAUUUGGUUACUCAUAACAAUACAUAUGAGAUAAUGUAAAUUUUCUCAGAAAUUAUCAACUGAAUUACAGACAUCACAUAAUUUGGCAUAACUGCCUGAACGAGUGUGGUAAAGAUUCAUUGCAUAAAUUGUGGUGCCAUAGUGCAAACAAUGGUCUUUUACAAAUCCUUCCAUCUUUAUUCAUUUACAUAGCAUCAGACUGCUUUGAAUGUUUCAUACUCACUGUAAGCGAACAGUAGAGCAUCAGUUCCCUCAAAUGCAGCAUCAUAAAUAUAUAUUUCUGGUUAUGUGCAGCUUGUGUGAGAGUCACCCACUGAGCAUCACCAACUGACUUAGGUUAUCCUCAGUCCUUAUAGCUCAAUAAUAUAUUCUCAUUAUUUAUUAAUAUCAGAUGUAAUUCGUGUAUGUACAUUUGUCCUGUAAAAGAAAAAAUAUAUUCGUCUUUAAGUUCUUUA